AUGGAUGGUGAUGUGAGUUCAGAUCCAAUGGAAGGGGUUGAGAAUAAGGAGCAAUCUGCCCCUGUAAAUGUGGAUGCUGAUGAACAACCAACUCCUCAAAAUGAUAUUCCAAGACAUGAGAAGCUUCCUUCAUUGAUCAUGCCUUAUGCAAAGUAUAAUAGUAACAAAAUGAGAGAAGCAAUAGCUACUUGGGUGUUGGGUACUGAGCAACCUUUUUCUGUUGUGGAGGAUGAUUUAUUCGUACAUAUGAUGAAGACAACUACUCCAUUAUUUGAGAAAACAAGCAGGACUUCAACAAAAGCAGAUUGUUUUAAGAUAUAUGAGCAUGAGAAAAAAACACUGACAGCUCUUACAAAAGCAGCCUCAAAAAUCAGUUUGACCACUGAUUGUUGGAAGUCAUCUCAUCAGAAGAUUGAGUACAUGGUUAUCACAGGGCACUUUAUUGAUCAUAAUUGGAGAUUGCAAAAACGUGUCUUGAGUUUUGUACAUGUUCCUCCUCCUCGUACCGGACUUGAUAUUGAUGAUGAUUUGCGGAAGUACAAGCCACAUUUCCAUCACUUGCCUAAUGAUGAUGAGUGGGCGCAUGGGAGAGUCUUCAGUGUUAGAUCCAAGAUUCAAAAUGAAGUUAGUAGAUUUAGUUUCCCAACCAUAUACUCCAAUGCUGAAAAGAGCAUUGAAGAAGUGAAGAAAGCACUUUAUGAAAUGUAUGAGGAGUAUUUGGAAAUACAUGAUGCGUCAGUCCGAGAAGCUGCAAUGCCUGCAAAUGGAUGUGGAGGAAAUGAAGUGUCAAAAACAACGUCACUCGGGUCAGGAUGGGAGGCUUUUGGGGAGUUUAUAAAAAACACAGAUUUGGAGAGACAGAAAAAGUCAGAAUUAGAUAUGUAUUUGGCGGAAGGUGGUUAUAGGCAACCAGGGCCACAAAAGGACAUGGAUUCAUUCAAGGCUUUGGAGUGGUGGAAUGUUCAUAACUGA